AUGAACAAUGCAUUUUGUGAUCAAAUCAUAAAAGAAUUUCCUAUACUCUUUUCUCCCGGUCUUGGUAAAUGCAACAGCUUUCGAGCAAAGUUCGUGCUAACAGAGGAAGCUGUCCCGGUCCAAACUCCAUGUCGACAGAUCCCGUACGUGAUGGAGACAUCUCUCAAAGAAGAACUUCAACGUCUAGAGUCUCAAGACAUCAUCGAGCGAGUCCACCUGUCAAACUGGAGUACUCCUGUAGUUAUUGUAAAAAAACCGGACGGCAGAAUCAGAUUGUGUGCUGAUUACUCUACAGGCGUCAACCGCGCGCUCCGAAACAAUACGUAUCCUUUGCCAAAUGCAGAUAAUAUUAUCACUAAAGUAAAUAGCAAUAGCUAUUUCAGUGUUUUAGAUCUCAGCGAUGCCUUUCUCCAAAUAGAAGUCGCCGAAGACCAUCGUGACAUUACAACGAUUACCACCCCAAAAAGAGUAUUCAGAUUUAAGCGAUUACCCUUCUGCAUCAAGACGGCACCAGCUAUAUUUCAACAGGCCAUAAACCAUAUCUUAGCCGGCUUGAAAGGCGUCUAUGCUUACAUUGAUGACGUAAUAAUCAUGGGCUCCACCCAACAGGAACAUGACAAACGCUUGCGCGCCACUCUCCAACGACUAGAAGAAAGAGACCGGAAACUGAAACCAAGUAAAUGUCGUUUUGCCCUACAGGAAAUUAAGUAUCUUGGCAUCAUAAUAAAUGAAUCAGGCAUAUCCGCUGACCCAGAAGCCACACGCGCGAUCACUGAGAUGCCAAAACAUUCGUGCGUGGCUGAAGUCCAAACCUAG